AUGACUUCUCCGGCCCUCACGACAACUGAGAGCCUUCCAGCAGACGCGGGCCGCUCGGGCCCCUUCGACAACCCGCAGGAAGACGCCUCUGAGUUUGGCGAGGAAAACUCAGAAACCAAUGACGUCGGCGACGAUCACGCACCGAAACAGCAACCCCAGAAGCGACGACGAGUGACGCGUGCCUGCGACGAAUGCCGGCGCAAGAAGAUCAAGUGCGACGGCAAGCAGCCCACUUAUGACCAGCCCUCAAACCGCCGCCGCAAUGCGACGCCCCAGUACAUUGAGGCUCUCGAAAGCCAGCUCAAGCGCGCAAAGGCGCUACUGCACGUGGUGCUGCCAACCGUGGAUUUGAAUGACCCCGCCAUAGACGCCCACCUCCAGAACGGCCUGUUACCACAGCUGCCCCAAGCAGCUGUGCGGCCUCCUGUGAUGCCUGUAGACCCCCGGAUCGCGCAACACCAGGCACCGGCCCACAAUGAAGACCAGCCUGAUUCGCACCUGGAAGCCAUGGUCAAAGCGACGGGCCAGCUUGAUCUCGACGAAGAGGGCAAAUGGGACUAUCAGGGCCACUCUUCAGGACUCAGCUUUAUGAGGGGCCUGCGGCAAUUCGAUGACAUGUUCCAAAUCCCUUCGGACGAGUCGCCGUCCCUCCGGCACCAAUCCAUGUCCUACGAACCGCCGUCUCCUUCCCUUUCAAUCGCUGGAUCCACUACAGCUCCGUCAAACGUGCCCCUGCCCAGCCAGGAAAAUGCACGCAUUCUCUGUGACAGUGCCAUCAUCCAGUACAGCGCCAUGCUGCGCGUUGUCCAUCUCCCCACUUUCUACAAGCAAAUGAGCCGUCUUUACGAAGUCGCUCCCGAGAAUUACGGCAGCGCCGAGACUAGCUUUCUACCUCUAUUCUACUCCGUUCUAGCUUUGGGCAAACUCUAUUCCGAAAAUGACACCGGGGUCGAUGUAGCAAGCUACGACAUCCUUACCGACGAGGGACUCAAGUACUUCAAAGCUUCGCGCCAGCUCUUGGACAUUACUGACUGCAGGGAUCUGACUUCACUUCAAGCCAUCAUUUUCAUGAUCCAAUUCUUGCAAUCGUCAGCCAAGCUUAGCACUUGCUAUGCUUACAUCGGAGUUGCUCUGCGCUCUGCGCUACGCAUGGGCUUGCACCGUUCAUUCAACGUCAAGUUCAAUCCCAUCGAAGCGGAAACACGUAAACGCAUAUUUUGGGUGAUUCGAAGGAUGGACACAUACGUCGGGGCCAUGCUCGGUUUACCGCGAUUUCUGGACGAUGAGGACAUUGAUCAAGAGUGGCCAGUUGAGGUCGAUGACGAGUAUAUUACGGAGACGGAGAUUCUGCCCAUGCCCAAUGGAAGCAUUUCUGUCAUGGCGGCCUUCAAUGCCCACACGCGUCUCGUCCAAAUCUUGAACAAGAUCUGCAAGUACGUCUACCCUAUCAAAGGCACACAAUCAGGCGCCAAGAACUCUGUGACCUAUUCUGUGGGCUACUCCAAGAUUCGCGAAAUCGAACAGGAUCUAGCAAGAUGGCUCGAUGAGCUGCCUAUCGCGCUCAGGCCGGGCGGUGAUGCCCCUCCAAUCAUCAGGAGGGUGCAACAACUUCUCCUGGAAGGGAAGGACGUAUUGGCGUACUUCGCGAAGAGGAGCCUGGCCGCUGAUAGGUGCAGCACAGCACUAAAGGGCAUGUUUGAACGUCUCCCGGAAUCAAUCAGACAUGGUGGAGAGAUCAUUGCAUCGAGGAAGCGCCGACAAGGAAGCUCGCCGCACUCUCUUGGCACCCGCCCUACGUUUGGUCAGAGCGACUCUGCCGCACCCCGCCGUGCGAGUACCUAUCCCGAUAGCAUUCCCAAUGUCAAGACUGCUGGCCAAGCCCAGUCAUUUGAGUCUGGCGGCCCUGACUUUGGUAGCAUCGGCUUGGGUUCUUCUUAUCCCGCACACUCGGUCUCCAACCCCAAUCUAUUCGAUGGUGUGCCAGGCCUUACACCUACAUCAUCCAACGAUAGCCUACCGAGCUUUGGCUUGGCUCCUAUUCAUGACUCGCAGCAGACAUCAUCUGCUUUUGGUCCAACAAGCCUAGGCAACCCUUUGGCAGACCCGUCAGGUCUUAAUGUCCCCAUCGCAGACAUCUCAACAAUGAUGUUUCCGUCUGCCGACCCGCUCGCCUACCCCAACCAGCCCAUGACUGCUUUUGAAAACAAACAUCCACAAACUUUCGACCGCAGUACUGGCACCCCGGUGAGCGGACACCCUCCUCAACUCUCGACCAGUAUGGAGAUGAAAGGACACCCGGCCAUGUUUGCUCCCACGAGCACGCCCAAUUCGCAAGCCCGACCCAUGGACAGUGAGGCACAGAUCUUUACUUCCAUGCCCAUGUAUUUCAUGCAGGGUAACCAGCAGUACCGCGGAUAUCCACCUCAGCAGGGUUUUGGAGGGUAUCGUAGUGAGGACUGUUGCAGGACCAAGGAGGAUAUCGGCUCGUGGUUUACCGGAAGGAACAUGGAAAAGUGUAUAUCUAGGCGCGGUGACGCUGGAUAUGUGAGGAUCAUGGGGAUGAAGAUCGCGCAAUGGGAUGCUGAGAUUGCCUCGGGAGAGAUGGAUAGCACCCGCUACCCUGAACUAAGUCACACGCCAUGUGAGAACGGCUUCGCUGCUGCAAUCCCUGGUGACUUCAACAACACGUUCAGGUGCCAUAAUAUCGACCUCUACCAUUUCCUCCCACAUUCCCUCCUUGGCAGCUCUGAUGGACAAGGCUCCUCUUCUUGGGGCUGGACAUCAGAGGAUGGACGCGAGUUUGUAGCAAUCGGCCAGUUCGACGGUACCGCCUUUGCAGAGAUCAGCAGCGAAGGAAAGCUGAUCUAUCUGGGCCGCCUGCCUCCUUUCGACCCUGUCGGAUCCCGCUGGCGCGAGAUUCGCGUGAUGAGGGACUAUGCCGUCAUUGGUAGCGAGGCCAUCAACCACGGUGUUCAGAUCUUCGACAUGAAGAAGUUGUUGGACCUCGACGGAAGCGAGCCGAUGAACUUUACCCAAGAUGAUUUGACCGGUCACUGGGGUCUGACUGAUGACUGGAAUGCUCUCCCGGUUGGCCGAACCCACAACAUCGUUGUCAACGAGGAACUCAACUACGCCGUGGCAGUUGGAUCAGUUGGCGGUAACGAGACUAUCCGUGUCCGCGGCGAUUUGCCAUGUCGCGGAGGCCUCAUCUUCAUCGACAUGAGCGACCCUGAAAACCCGACCAGCCCAGGUUGUGCUUCUGCUGAUGGCUAUGUCCACGAUGCCGAAUGCAUCGUCUACCGCGGACCAGACACGAAGUACUACGGCCGCGACAUCUGCUAUGGUUACAACGAAGACACACUAACCAUCUACGACGUAACUGACAAAGCCGGCAACACCACCAACAUCAUCUCUCGCACCACAUACCCUGGAGCAGAGUACGUCCAUCAAGGUGUCGUCAACAACGCAACCUGGCAGGAAUACAUCUUCCUCGACGAUGAAUUCGACGAGCGCGACGCCAAAGUCGGUCCCAUGACACAGGGUCUGCCCACCACCCACAUCUUCGACAUCCGCGACCUGGAGAACCCCUUCUAUUCCGGCAACUACGAGGGAAAGCGCCGCAGUAUUGACCACAACCAAUACGUCGUUGGCGACUACCUCUACCAAUCGAACUACGGAAACGGUCUCAACGUCCUGGACAUCCACACCAUCACGCAGGAUCCCAGUGGCGACGGCAUCUGCGAAGCCGGAUUCUUCGACAUCUACCCCGAAGACGACGAGAACGAAGGUGGCGGCACAGUAGCCUUCCUCGGCUCCUGGUCCAGCUACGCGAACUUCAAGAGCGGAUUUAUCUUCGUGCACACUAUCGAGCGUGGUAGCUUCGUCGUCAAGAUGUCGAGCAAGGAGUGUGCAAAGCCAGCCGUUUGCGAAGUAGACUCUUGUCUUACGUCGAUGCGCACAGCAAACGUGGAGGGUAGACUUCAGGCUUCGCAAGAGUUCUGCGGUAAUUUCACUCAGAGGCUGAUUGAUGAUGUUCGUGCUGUGCCUGAGUUUGCGCAGGAGGCUUGUGCGGGGGAGCAAGUGGUUGCGCAGGUUAGCAGUGCGUGUGCUUGCUUGCCUACCCUUGCUGUGCCUGAGUUGCCAAGGACGACAACUAGGGGGCCAGUGCCUACUGUGCUGCCGCCGAGGGUCUAG